CGGUACGCGGCGCGGCACGCUGGACGACGAAGCUUCUCGCGUGAUCGCUUUACCAGUAAAAGGAAGCCUUUCGUUGCGUGCGCACACUUUGCCUAGGUACUUCGUCGGUCCUCGAAUGGCCACAAUGGACAUCUGCCGGCUCUGCAUGGAGGCUAGCAACCUCAACCAGUCUAUGGCUGAUGAAACCAUCCAGGUGAUGGUUGAAGACUGUAUUCAAAUCAAACUGGAUGUCCCCAACGAGCUCCUUCCGCUGGAUAUUUGCGACGACUGUUAUUACCGAGUGAAGGAUUUUUUCGAAUUCAAAGAAAACUGCCACACCAUUCAGGAAAUGCUGCAGAAGGAGAUUGAGGAAAACCGACGCGAACAGGAGGAAAAUAACAAAUCCUGUGAUGUGAAUUUAUUCGGUGAUGAUAUCCAGUACUCCGACUAUAUCGAGGACAGUUUGAUUUUUGGCGAAAUAUCGACUGAUGAUCUGAUGAGUGAUUUGCAAAAUAGUUGCACCAGCAGUAGUGACACCGACAUAGAUAAGAUUGCAAAUGAAAUUUUCAAUCAAAGUAAUUUUGUUCUUAAUAGUGAUAGCAAUAAUAAUGAGAAUAACAAUAAUGAGAACGAUAAUAGUAUCAUCAAUGAAAAUAGUGAUAUCACAAAUGGAAAUUUGUUAAUUGUAGUAAAUGGGUACAUCGAUAGUGAAGGCAACAUUAACGAAGAACCUGUGAAAGACAAGACUGAAGUGCACGAUUCCGAAACUGCAAGUAUCGAAAGCAAGAAACGCAUGAUCAAACGCUGUUACAGAAACGAGUAUACAUCGGCAUUGCUGACGUGUGAAAUGUGUGGGAAAAUGAUUCACAAGACGUUACUUCCGGGUCACCUGAAUAUGCAUAAUGGCGUGAAACCUUACGUUUGCCCUCGGGAAGGAUGCAAGUCGGCAUUCCACUGCAAGCACAAGCUGAAACGGCACCUGGGAUACAAACACACCGAUGGAAAUUUUCCGUGCAAUGAGUGCGACAAGAUAUUCAACUCGAAUCUGGCCCUGUAUCAUCACCAGUUUGCGACGCAUCAACUGAGGGACAAGGCGUGCAAAGAGUGCGACAAGAAGUUCCGAACCGCUCACGGUCUCAACAGGCAUAUGCAGACUCACAAGCAAGAGAGAAAAUUUAAGUGCUCCCACUGUCCGAUGACCUUCGCGAAAAGUUCGCUGUGCGAGAGUCACAUUCGGGUGCAUACCACGGAACGCCCGUUCGUGUGUUCGAAAUGUAACGCCGACUACAGUUACCGUCGACUGCUGGUCAAUCACAUAAAACGAAAGCAUCCCGGCUCGGAAGCUAUACUACAGGCCAUUGAAUGUGCUACUUAACUUAGAGAAGAUGCAUUAUUAGAAGAUAAUUUGGAAGAAGUUAA